AAUGUAAAACAAAAACUUAAGAUGCACCGCGAAGUGUUUACGUCAUUAUACAGCCAUCAUGGAUAAUGAAUAGUCGCUGUCUCCUUAAUUGCUCAGACAGCCUUGGCAGUCCGUGGUUAUAACGGUCAUUGCGCUGUUCAGAAAGGCAACAAGAAUGUCGCAACUUGGCCCAAAGCAUUGUCCGUGACAAGCUUGCGUCAGUACGUUUGUUUCUGUUCCUCAGAAGGGUAUCCUUAAAGGACACGUGCAACUUUUCAAGUUCAUUUGCUGUUUACUCGGCACGUGCGAAUGAAUUGAAGAGGAGGAAAACAUGCCUUUCCUUUGGAAUGGAAGGUUAGUCGCUGAGAUUCUACCGAGGUGUUUAUAAAGAAGCACACUUGGAUACACAAUGACAUUCGCUGCACACCGGUGUAACAAAAGGUGGAGAGCUUACAGACCAAAGAACAAGCAAAGCAAGAUUAGCGCAAGAAUCACACAGUUUCCAUGGCGGCUGCAGCAAUACUGGCACUGCUAACGGCUCUGUCUCUCGGAAGAUUAACAGAAUCGGCGUGCGACGGCAGAGGACUCAAAGUGUUUGACGCAGUCAACGAGUUGGUCAAAAAGCUCCCUGCUGAAUAUUCUGAAUCCCUGAAUCGCGAGUCAGAUUGGUUUCCCGGAGUAACGCUGACAACCAUGACACUCAAAGGCCUUGAAAACUGCGAAAUUUUGGGACCCAUUCAGUCGUACUGCAGAGGAAAUGACGACUUAAUAUUGUUUGAGCUACACUGCACGCCACUCUCCAACACCAUCCACUGGAGCAUGUGCAACGGUCACAACGGGACUCUGGUGUCCACUAUUCGCUAUGCCCGGAUGAGUGUCGAGUUCUUCACUGAGUACGUGAACAAUGGCACGGACGUUAGGCUUGUGUCAGCUGGAACAGUGGCGCCAUCCGAACUGACAGGCGUUGGUCUGACUAUCACGGGCAGCAGCGAGUUCCUUACCAAUGCCAUUUCCAUGCUUGGUGCACCUUUCUCGGAGCCAGUUAGGGAAAUGUGGCUGGGCACCCUUCCAGGAUUUCUUCUGAAUGUGCUGCACGAUGUGAAACGAAAACGACAAGGCAUGUGAGCAGAAAUGUGUAGCGUAAAUAAAGUUUCAAAGAGCAAAUAUGAAG